GGCAUAUUACACUUUCCUAUGAUCAUGUCACAAAGUUGCGGUUUUGAUUUGAUAUAGAUAUUUAUCAUAUUUACUUCGUUAUUAACUUUUUAUUCCUUACUUCUAUGUAGAUUGAUCUCUAUAAUUUAAUAUAGUUUGAAUGAUCUAUAAAAUAAAACAACCUCUUUAAAAUGCAUCGAAAUAUUUUUGGUUUCAUACUAUUAUUAUUAGUUAUAAAAGUUCAAAGUCAAACUUUACAAAUUGUAAGCGACGAUGAUUUAUUGCAAUUUAUUAAAGAAGAAGAGAAACUUAUUGUGUUAUUUUCUAAGCCAAAUUGUGAUAUAUGUAAUAAGUUUGAACUGACAUUGCAUGGAUUGUAUGAAGAUUUCAAUAAGCACAUGAAUGCACCUAUUAUACAAGUAGUCAACAGUCACUUAGCCAAGUUAUACAGUCCAACAAAGGAGCCCGCAGUUGUUUUCUUCAGACAUGGUGUUCCCUUACUUUAUAAUGGGGAACCAGAUGAAAAUGAUAUAUAUGGCUUCUUUGAGAAGAAUCAGUCUCCGGCAGUGAAAGAAUUGACAGAUAAAAUAUUUGAACAUAUGACACAGGCGGCUACAGGAUCUACAACAGGAGAUUGGUUUGUUAUGUUUUAUGGCGCUUCUUGUGUUGAAUGUCAACGACUGCAUGCUGUGUGGGAGGGAGUGGGGGCUACAGUUCGCGGCAGAAUUAAUGUAGCAAGGGUCGAUGCCAACCUUGCCGGUGCGGACACCGCUAAACGUUUUAAGGUCCAAAAACUGCCAACAUUCCUCUUCUUCCGUCUUGGAAAAGUCUACCGCUAUGACUUACCAAAGCACGAUAUUAAAUCAUUUGUGUCAUAUGCGCAAGACUGGUACAAGAACUCCAAAGGGGAGCCAGUGCCCCUACUUUCAUCACCAUUUGAUGAGUUGGUUGAUUGGUGUGUGGAUAUGAUAAGAUAUUCAAUUUCAUUCGGUCUGGACGUCCUCACAGAACAUCCUUGGAUAUGGCAAAUAGGUCUUGCAGGAUUCGGACUUGUUCUUGUCACUGCUCUCAUAGCUAUUAUUAAAGCCGGAAAAACAAAACCCAAGACUAUCAAGAAAGAAAAGAAAAGCAAAUAGUUUGUGCUUCGUAACUUUAUUUAUAUGUAACAAGCCAUACAGUGGUAACUGAUAAAAAAUAAUGCUUUUAUAAAAUAGGUUAGAAGUAAAACAUCUUGUGUCCGUCCAUAUGAGAUACAUUCCCAAUAUUUAUUUGAUAAUGGACAAUUAAUAUAUUAUUUAAAUACAUGUAUCCAUCAUUGUUUAUAUUUUUAUACAACAAAUUUUAUUUUCCUCUACAUGAUAAAUAAUUUCAUUAAGACAAUAAAAAUCUCUUUGAUAA